AGAAAUAGUGCGAGCAUGUUGCAUCAAGCACUUGUGGAACAUCGCUAUGAGGUGACUACCAUUCAAGGUGCUCUUAUGCAAGAUGACAGGGACAAGAUAAUCAAGGAAUUUAAAAAUGGAUUGAUUCAAGUUCUUAUUUCAACUGACCUCCUCGCCCGGGGUUUUGAUCAAGCAGAGGUUAAUCUGGUUGUCAAUUAUGAUCUUCCUGUGAAUUACGAAACUCCAUCGGAGCCUGACUAUGAGGUAUACUUGCAUCGGAUUGGCAGGGCUGGACGUUUCGGCCGCAAGGCAGCCGUAUUCAACUUGUUGUGCUUUGAUAGAGAUAUUAUGCUAAUGGAGAAGAUAGAGAAGCACUUUAACACCCAAGUGGACGAGGUCCGGUCCUGGAACAGCGAGGAGGAUUUUGAGGCUGCCUUAAAAAAAGCUGGUCUCUUUUAAAGAUUGUGUUAUUGGGAAGAUUAUUCUUCCAACCACAUGUGGUUAUUUGGUUAUCUGGUAAAUUAUCAGUCCCCAAAUCAAUCACCAGUUUUUGGAUGUUGGUUUUGGGUUUAAACAGAAUUAGUUUUUGGAUGUUGAUUUUGGGUUUAAACAGAUGAUUGAUCUUCUUCUUGUAUAUUGUGUGUUAUUGGGAAGAUUAUUCUUCCAACCACGUGGUUAUUCGGUUAUAUGGUAAAUUAUCAGUCCCCAAAUCAAUCACCAGUUUUUGGAUGUUGAUUUUGGGUUUAAACAGAUGAUUGAUCUUUUUGUCGUAUAGAAAUUUGAAGUCGAUGUUAUAUAGUUUAUUUGUUGACUACA